CCCCUCUUCUUCCCCCCUUCGCUUCUUCUUGUCUCCCCGUUUCCCCCGAGAAAUGGAGUGCACCACGGCAUUUGAGCCAGCCCUCACGCAGCUUGCACGAGAUAGUGAUGAUCUUGCCGUCUAAAGCUAAGUCGAUUGGAUUGAUACACCCCGGAGAUCAUCAGCCGCGUUGGCUCCGGAAAUGUGGAGAUCUCGGCUCAGUAGGGCAUGAACCGUUUCUGUCUCUCUCUCUCUCUUCUUUUUUUCGUUUUCCUUUUCCUCAUCCGGAUAGCAGUAAGAUUGCCAUGAUAGACGCCCCAGAACAGUUGCUUUUAUGAAUCGAGUUCGUUCCUAUCAGAUUCCUGUAAAGCUUUUUUUUUUUUUUUUUUGCGCGUCACCGUUAGCCCACAAGACUAGCAACACGGCAUCUCGUUUCAGACGCGCGGCUCUUGUGAAUGCAAGUACGUUGCCAGGCCCCGUACUCCGCUGAUCGUAAUAUGGUGAUGAAUAGCCAUGGAUUCGGCAGCUGGAUGCGAAAAGGAAACCAGAUCUUCCUGCGGUUGUGUUGACUUGAUCGAGGAGAUGAUAUGUCGGUACGUAGGUAUUCGGCGUCUCAAUCGUUAUCACCUUGAUCGUGAUGCGGAUAACUCUUGGCAGGGGCUGUCGCCGGUUGCAUUGGGGCCGGAACGCUCUCAUCCCCCUCUCGAUGAAUGCAAUGACGCGAUAGCGAUUCAAGGUUUAGGUCAGUACAAGCUUUCUAGGAGACCAACCCAACUGCGGAGCGAUCUGCCCUCGCAAGCCUACAGUACGUCGUUUUUCCUCUCUUGUUUCGUUUCGGGUGGGAGUUGGAAAUUCUGGAACCCUCUGGAGCCCAACCGGCUGCAAUCAACCCUGAUGCGGUCCGGAAGCUUGAACCUGGCCAUGUAUGCACCCGUUUGCAUCUACACAGAUGGCUGCAAGUGGUGAUUCUUCCUGCUGCUGAAUGUCGCUUCUCAUGUCCUCUCCUUCCCUCGUAAAGGAGACUCGGGAGACUCAGGAGACGGGAACCGCU